AUGGCGAAGCCCCCGUCGUCCGUGGCGGUGGCGGCGGCCGCGGCCCGGUUCACAACCGGACCCGGCUCCUCCUCGUGGCCGUCGCCGCGUCCGCAUCCACAGCGGGGUUCCUCCUCCGCGGUGCCCUGCGAGACCCCUGCGACGGCCGUGGGGACCCCGCCGCCCUCAACACCGCCGUCGCCGCGGGGAGUCCCCUCGGGCUCAUGA